GGAUUUGACCAGCAAUAACAUCACCUGGGUUAACGAAACUUCACUAAUACGAUACGUAAACUUGGAGGAAUUGGUACUGUCAGACAACAGGCUAGAGUGGAUUCAUCCAAAAGCAUUCGAGAGGAACACAGUAUUAAAAAGACUAUUGCUGCAAGGAUGCGAGCUGAAAAAAGUCCCAACGGAAGCAUUAAAGCCACUUACGAAGUUGCAAACGCUACAAUUGGGCGGCAAUCAAAUUGAGACAAUAGAGGAAGACGCUCUUGAGAGCGUUGCUCAAUCUUUGAGAAGCUUGCGCCUCGACUCGAACAAAUUGAGAGCAGUGCCCAGUAACGCUCUGUCUAAGAUCAGGCAUCUGGAAGUCUUGAACCUAGGUAACAAUUUGAUUCCAUCGCUUAGAGUUGGCGCAUUUCCACAAAUGAACACUCUUAUGGUUUUGCUAAUGAAAAGGAACCAAAUUACGGAAAUAGAUGACGAAGUUUUUUCCAAUAUAACGUCCCUAAAAGUUCUAGAAUUGGACGACAAUUUCCUAACCCAGAUACCAACAGCUGUGACAAAGCUUCCGGACCUCCAAGAACUGUCAAUCUCAGGAAACAGGAUCAAGUACAUAGAAGGAGGGAUACUACAGAAGACCCCAACGUUGGCUUUGCUUGAACUUAAAGGAAACCCCCUCAAUGGUGUUCACAAUUCAGCAUUUGCCUUCCUACCACGGCUCCGAAAGCUCAUCCUAUCUGAUGCGAGACAGUUGUCGACGUUUCCAAAUCUGAAUGGAACCAGCGCUUUGGAGAUUUUGAGAUUAGACAGGGCCGGUAUUUCCGAAGUACCAGCUAUACUCUGCGAAUGGUGUCCCAAGUUGAAAAGCCUGGAUCUGAAGUCUAACAAACUGAAGCAGGUUCCUGAUUUAAACAAAUGCCAUGAGAUGAGAGUACUAGAUCUGGCAAGCAAUUACAUCAAAUCCAUUGAGGACAAGCCAUUCAGGGGAAUGUUCCAGAUGCAUGACCUGCUGUUGGCCCAUAAUCAAAUACAAUACAUUCCUCAGAACGCGUUUUCCAACCUGUCGAAAUUGCAAGUUCUGGACUUGGAAGAUAAUCAGAUCUCCUUCAUCCAUCCUGAUGCAUUCCUCUCAAUCUCCAAAAUAGAAGACCUCAACCUAGGUAACAACGUCUUCCCCCACCUGCCCUCCGCCGGCCUGGAACGCCUGCUCCACCUGAAGACCUUCAACAACCCGAACCUGCGCGAAUUUCCUCCUCCAGAAGACUUCCCUCGCAUCCAAACCUUAGUGCUGGCCUACGCGUAUCACUGCUGCGCGUUUCUACCUUUGAUUCCUUCAAACCCGCCGCCAGCGAAGGCAAAGGACAUCAUUGUCUUUCCGGACAUCGAGGAUAUCGAUCUCAAUUUCUGGAACAGCUCUGUGGACGUAUGGCCAUCGCAACAUAACAUCAGCCAGAAGUUCGGAAAAAAGUUUUCUGAAAUAUGGGAGAACAUACGGUCGGAUUUUUCGUACCCUGGGAAUUUCCCCUCUUAUGUGGAAGAAUAUACUGCGGACGAUGAUCCCACCCUCAAAAAUCCCGGAGAGGGGAGCACCGGUAAGAUCCAGUGCUUGCCUCUACCAGGCCCUUUUUUACCCUGCCAGGACCUUUUUGAUUGGUGGACUCUACGUUGUGGAGUAUGGAUCGUCUUUCUCUGUGCGAUGCUUGGAAAUGGGACCGUCGUCUUUGUCUUGAUCUUCUCCAGAAGCAAAAUGGACGUUCCCAGGUUCUUGGUCUGCAACUUGGCUGCAGCGGAUUUCUUUAUGGGUAUCUAUUUAGGUUUCCUUGCAGUUGUGGACGCGUCGACUCUAGGCGAGUUCCGCAUGUACGCCAUCCCAUGGCAGAUGUCAGCAGGCUGUCAGCUGUCAGGUUUCCUGGGCGUGCUCAGUUCCGAACUGUCAGUUUGGACGCUGGCUGUCAUUACGCUGGAACGAAAUUACGCCAUCACGCAUGCCAUGCAUCUGAACAAAAGACUGUCGUUGAAGCAUGCGGGCUACAUUAUGAUCUGCGGAUGGAGUUUCGCCAUUGUGAUGGCAUUGAUGCCUAUUUUUAAUAUUUCUGAUUACAGAAAGUUCGCUGUGUGCUUACCGUUCGAAAUCAGCGACCCAGCAAGCCUCACUUACGUCGUUUUCCUGAUGUUCGUGAACGGCUUAGCAUUCCUGAUCCUCAUGGGCUGCUACCUGAAGAUGUACUGCGCCAUCAGAGGGUCUCAAGCCUGGAACUCAAAUGAUAGCCGAAUAGCCAAGCGCAUGGCACUGCUGGUUUUUACAGACUUUCUCUGUUGGUCUCCGAUCGCAUUUUUUGCCCUAACGGCUGCGUUUGGACUCCAACUCAUUACACUAGAGCAAGCUAAGGUUUUUACAGUAUUUGUCCUACCCCUAAAUUCAUGCUGCAAUCCAUUCCUUUACGCCAUUCUCACAAAGCAGUUCAAAAAAGAUUGCGUAAUGAUCUGUAAAGCGAUAGAGGAGAGCAGAGUAACGAGAGGCAUAGGAAGGUGUAGACAUAGCUCAAACUUCAGUAACAGACAGACUCCAGCAAAUACUAAUAGCUUAGCAGAUAGAUCUUCGAGAGAAAAGCAAGACCAACAACACCUUCCACAAUGUACAUGUAAUGUAAAGCUGCUCAGUGACAAUGACCAAACUCAACAGCAACAAAAGAAAACAAAGUCAGAUAAAAAGACAACAACGACGAGAGAGUGGCUGUUGAGCAAAGCUAGGUGGCUUUUGUGCGUCAGAAGACCCGUGAGGCACAGGCCUAGGACGGAUCAGUAUACCUAUCAAAUUGCUGAGAUACAGCAGAAGCAACACAAGAGGGCCAGCUCGGUGUCCAGUAGCGAAAACUUUAGUUCCUCCAGGUCGGAUUCAUGGAGGCAUCACAAUCAUCACCAUUGUGGCAUUCCCUUACGUCUUCUAGAUCCAAAACGACGGGCCUCAUCUUCUCGUAACGACUCGUCAGGCUCAGCGACGACAGCGAGCACGAGCACGUGGCGGAUAUCUAGGAGCAGUGGGGGCAGCAACGAGCCUAGAGGCGGCGUGUCAGGUGUGGUGGGCAAAGGGGCAGCCGUUAGUGUAGCUGGGGCAGCCGUAACAGUGGGGCCUGUCAAGCCCAGACUUACCAGACAAUGCGCUGUCCAAGACGAAAACGGCCCACCAGGUUCUCCGGGUCGCCUGACAGUUCGCUUCCUGACCACAAUCCCUUCGGCUGCGGAAAACAGCAUGCAGCUAGAUGAGGAGCAGCCCUCCUCAAUUCUGGUCAGCCCCACCAAAGAGCUGGAGGGACCUUUGUACGCCAUCCUCCAUCCGGCACCCAUACCUGCAAUAGUGCCCAUCGUACCACCUAGGAGGCAGAGUGUCGUAACGCUGCAUCCCUUAUCCGACUUGGCGCGGAGAGCUGAAGAGGAGAACGAAGUGGAAAAAGCAUCAAAGAAGGAGAGAAGAAAAAGCAACGAAACCAAACCGCAUAGAUAG